AUGGCGAUCAAGACAGAACUUGAUGAUACCAGGUUGGCAGACCCAAACUUGCUUGAAAAAAUCGACAAACUAUUCGCCUGCAAUGUCGGUGAAUACAUCAGUCUACCUCAGCUUGUCGUCGUUGGUGACCAGUCGAGCGGAAAGAGCUCUGUCCUGGAAGGCUUGACCAAGCUCAGCUUCCCACGAGACAGCGGUCUCUGCACUCGUUUCGCGACCCAGAUUAUGUUUCGGAGAGACGUCAAGCUGGAGAACCGCGAGAUUUCUGCAUCAAUCAUUCCUGCAUCAGGCAACGCAGACGAUGAUCAAAAGCUUAGAGCUUGGAAGGUUUCUGGUUUGGAGACUCUCGGCGAAAAAGGCUUUGUUCAAAUGAUGAGACAGGUCCAUGAACUCUUCAACCUCUCUGAUUCCGACAGCGAUGGAAAGCCGACAUUCUCCAACAGCGUCCUCCGGCUCGAGAUUUGCGGCCCGCAGGAGAACCAUCUGAGUGUUAUUGAUGUGCCGGGAAUUUUCAAGAAUACAACCCCCGGCCGCACCACGAAGAACGACAUUCUACUGGUCAGAAAUAUGGUUCUUCAUUACAUGAAGAACCGUCGCUCCGUCAUGUUGACCGUUGUGCCUGCAAACGUGGACAUUGCCACGCAAGAAAUCAUUGAGAUGGCGAAGGAACUUGACCCCGAAGGUGAAAGAACACUGCGCAUUCUCACCAAGCCUGAUCUUGUGGACAAGGGAGCCGAAAACAAUGUGAUAGAUCUAAUCGAAGGCCAAGUGAACAGCCACCUUGGGUGGGUGCUUGUGCGGAAUCUGGGACAGCAGGAACUCGUUGAUGGCAAUAACGAUCGAGACACUAUGGAGAGGCUGUUUCUUCAAAAAGAGCCUUGGAAUCGUCUACGUGCUGAGAAUUUCGGUAUCAAAGCAUUGAAGAACCGCCUCCAAGAAAUUCUCGCGUCUAUCGUCCGCCGCGAAUUCCCAUUGGUACGCUUGGAAGUUACCAAGAAGUUGAAGGAGACAAGGAAAGCUCUUGAGACCCUCGGAAUUGAGCGACAGACAGCAGAACAGCAGCGCAUGGUUCUUCUGGACAUUAUCUCAGUUUUCCAGGAGAUUACGCAGCAGGCGCUCACCACAAACUACAGUGUCCACGACGUCUUUGACACGGAUGAGGAUUUUCGCUUGGCCACUCUAGUCUCAAAUAGGAACAUAGCGUUCUCAAAUCAUGUUCAGAAAUGGGGCAAUACGUUCUCGUUUUUUGCAAAUACCCGGGCAGAGAAGGAAAACUCAGGGGUCGACACACCACCAGAAAAAGAAUGGACGGUAUCAAAGCCUGUAUCUGAGGCAUCAAGUGCUGCGUCCGAGGAAUUGGGAGAUACAUCCGUGGAACCCGGGAUGGGGGAUGGGGCUGAUUUCAUACAAAGCCGUAGGAUCCAAGAAGACGAUACUUUCCUCGAAAUCCUACAUGAUACAGCCAGGGUCCAGGCAUCUCAAGAUGGCAUUGAGACCUGGAUCGAAAGGGUCCAUCGGGAGGCUCGUGGGUUCGAAAUCGGGACGUUCAACUACACCUUGUUGUCAACGCUGAUGAAGAAACAAUCUGCGAAAUGGCUUGACUUGGCACAGGGAUACAUCAGUGAUGUCAUCGCUAUGGUCCAUCGGUUCAUAAAUAAGGCCCUGCGAGCUGUCUGUGGUGACAGCACAUCUGGUGAUAGCAGGAUCUCUACCAAUAUCCUCGCCCUCCUUUGGGACAACCUGAUGGAUAAGUAUCGACAGGCUACCUCACAGGUUGAAUUUCUGUUGAGCAUCGAGCGCGAAGGAAUGCCAAUGACACUGAACCACUACUUCAAUGACAACCUCCAAAAGUGCCGGCAAAAGAGACUCAAGGAUCAUUUGGCUUCCAAGGCGAUAUUUGUUCAUCCUCAUGGAGACGUGGCCCGAAUCUCCGAUGUCCUUUACCAUGACCAUAUGGAUAAUGCUCAGCAUACCAUCCGAGAUAUCCAUGACAUCCUCGAAUCAUAUUACAAAGUGGCUCGAAAGAGGUUCGUCGAUAAUGUUUGUAUGCAGGCAGCGGAUCGUUUCUUGGUGACGGGGCCGGCGGCUCCCAUGAAGUUGUUCUCGCCGUCGUGGGUAAAUAGUCUUUCCGAUGACAAGCUGGAGGAGAUUGCUGGGGAGGAUAUGAAAACGAAACGCAGACGUCGACAGCUGCGAAAGGAAAUUGAAGAGCUGGACGCUGGUAGGAAGGUCCUCCUUGCCUGA